AUGUCUCCACUUCUGAGAAGCAUCUUCGAUAUCACUGAAGUUUUCAAUCAAUAUGCCUCACAUGAUUGUGAUGGGGCAGCACUAUGCAAGAAAGACCUGAAGAACCUCCUUGAAAGGGAAUUUGGAGCUAUUCUUCGGCGACCACAUGAUCCUGAAACGGUAGAUUUGAUCCUGGAACUUCUGGACCGCGACUGUAACGGGCUGGUAGAUUUCAAUGAGUACCUCCUGUUCAUUUUCAAAGUGGCUCAAGCUUGUUACUACGCCCUGGCCGAGGCCUCCGGGCUGGAGGAGGAAGCCAAGUAUGAGGGAAAGGGGGCCCCGUUACUAGAUCGCAGGCAAGAAGACCAAAGGAGGUUUGAUCCCCGGGACAGAGAGUUGGAAGAAGAACGCAGGCAGAAGAGGCAGGAACGAGAGAGGGAGCUCGCUGAGGAAGAGGAGCAGAGGGAGAAGCUAGAGAGGCGCGAGCAGCGGCUGCAAAGGCGAGAGCGGGAAGCGCGCCGCGAGGAGCAAGAGGAGCUGCAGGAGCGCAAGGGGCGGGCGCCUGAGGAGUUUCCCGACCGAGAAGAGCAAAGGCGAGAAAGGCGGGAGCAGCGAGAGCGAGAGCGCCAGCGCCUUGAGGAGAAACUGCGCAAGCUCCAGGAAGAGGAGCAGCUACCCCGGCGGGAACGGCAGGAGCUGAGGAGGGAGCGCCUGGAGGAGGAGGAAGAGGAAGAGGUGGAAGAGCAGCUGCAGAGGCUUAGGCGCGGGCGCCAGGAGCCCUUGGAGCAGGAGCUGAGGCGGGAGCAGGAAGAGAGGCGAGAGCAGGAGCUGAGGCGCGAGCAGGAACCGCGCUUGGAACAGAAGCUGAGGCGGGAGCAGGAAGAGAGGCGAGAGCAGGAGCUGAGGCGCGAGCAGGAGCUGAGGCGGGAGCAGGAACCGCGCUUGGAGCAGCUCAGGCGCGAGCAGGAGCAGGAGCCGCUCUUGGAGCAGUUGAGGCGCGAGCAGGAGCUGAGGCGGGAGCAGGAAGAGAGGCGCGAGCAGGAGCUGAGGCGCGAGCAGGAACCCCGCUUGGAAAAGCUGAGGCGGGAGCAAGAAGAGAGGCGCGAGCAGGAGCUGAGGCGGGAGCAGGAAGAGAGGCGCGAGCAGGAGCUGAGGCGCGAGCAGGAACCCCGCUUGGAAAAGAAGCUGAGGCGGGAGCAGGAAGAGAGGCGAGAGCAACUGCUGAGGCGAGAACGGGAGCAGGAGCUGAGGCGCGAGCAGGAACCCCGCUUGGAAAAGCUGAGGCGGGAGCAGGAAGAGAGGCGCGAGCAGGAGCUGAGGCGAGAGCAACUGCUGAGGCGCGAGCAGGAACCCCGCUUGGAAAAGAAGCUGAGGCGGGAGCAGGAAGAGAGGCGGGAGCAGGAAGAGAGGCGAGAGCAGGAGCUGAGGCGCGAGCAGGAACCCCGCUUGGAAAAGCUGAGGCGGGAGCAGGAAGAGAGGCGAGAGCAGGAGCUGAGGCGCGAGCAGGAACCCCGCUUGGAAAAGCUGAGGCGGGAGCAGGAAGAGAGGCGGGAGCAGGAAGAGAGGCGGGAGCAGCUGCUGAGGCGCGAGAGGGAACCGCGCUUGGAACAGAAGCUGAGGCGGGAGCAGGAGCCGCUCUUGGAGCAGCUGAGGCGCGAGCAGGAGGAGCGGCGAGAGCAGCAGCGGAGGCGGGAGCAGGAGCUGGCUGAGGAGGAGGAACUGCAAGAAGAGGCCCGCGAGCUGGGCCAGAGCCGCGCCCUGCGGUGGCAGCGGCAGCUGGAAAGCGAGGCCGAAGCCCGGCAGAGCAAGGUCUACUCGAGGCCCCGCAGGCAGGGGCCCCUGAGGCGCCGCCAGGAGCAGGAGGAAGAGGAGGAGAGGCGGCUGCAGGAGCGCGAGCAGCGGCUGCGGGAACGGGAGGAGGACUCCCAGCCCCUCCGACAGCAACGUGAGAGGCGGCUUCGCCAGGAGGAGGAGGAGCAGCGCCUACAGAGAUUCGAGAGGAGGCCGGAGCGGCAGUUCCGCGAGCAGGAGGAGCAGCUCCAGGAGGAAGAGCGGCGCCAGGAGGAGCUGCUCCGCGACCAAAAAUGGAGGUGGCAACUAGAGGAGGAAGGCCAGAGACGCCGCCACACAGUGUACUCCAAACCUGCACUACGUGAGCAGCUGCAGCGCGAGGAGGAGCAGUUGCAGCGGGAGAAGAGGCGCCAGGAACGGGAGAGGCAGUAUCAGGAGGAGGAGCAGCUGCAGCGCGAGGAGGAGCGGUUGCAGCGGGAGAAGAGGCGCCAGGAACGGGAGAGGCAGUAUCAGGAGGAGGAGCAGCUGCAGCGCGAGGAGGAGCAGCUGCAGCGGGAGAAAGAGCAGCUGCUGAGGAAGGAAAGAGAGGAGAAAAGACGCCUUCAGGAAGAAGACAGAAAGCUCCGUGAGGAGGAACAGCAGCGGCGCCGCCAAGAGCGCGACAGAAAGCUCCGUGAGGAGGAACAGCAGCUGCGCCGCCAGGAGCGCGACAGAAAGUUCCGAGCGGAGGAACAGCUCCUCCAGGAACGGGAAGAACAGCAGCGGCGCCGCCAAGAGCUCGAGCAAGAGCUUCGCCAGGAGGAAGAGCAGUUGCGCCGCCAGGAGCGCGACAGAAAGCUCCGCGAGGAGGAACAGCAGCUGCGCCGCCAGGAGCUCGAGCAAGAGCUUCGCCAGGAGGAACAGCAGCUGCGCCGCCGGGAGCGCGACAGAAAGUUCCCUGAGGAAGAACAGCUCCUCCAGGAACGGGAAGAAGAGCAGCGGCGCCGCCAGGAGCGCGACAGAAAGUUCCGAGCGGAGGAACAGCUCCUCCAGGAACGGGAAGAACUGCAGCUGCGUCGCCAAGAGCUCGAGCAAGAGCUUCGCCAGGAGGAAGAGCAGUUGCGCCGCCAGGAGCGCGACAGAAAGCUCCGCGAGGAGGAACAGCAGCGGCGCCGCCAGGAGCGCGACAGAAAGUUCCGUGCGGAGGAACAGCUCCUCCAGGAACGGGAAGAACUGCAGCUGCGUCGCCAAGAGCUCGAGCAAGAGCUUCGCCAGGAGGAAGAGCAGUUGCGCCGCCAGGAGCGCGACAGAAAGCUCCGCGAGGAGGAACAGCAGCGGCGUCGUCAGGAGCGCGACAGAAAGUUCCGAGCGGAGGAACAGCUCCUCCAGGAACGGGAAGAACAGCAGCGGCGCCGCCAGGAGCGCGACAGAAAGUUCCGAGCGGAGGAACAGCUCCUCCAGGAACGGGAAGAACAGCAGCGGCGCCGCCAGGAACUCGAACAAGAGCUUCGCCAGGAGCGCGACAGAAAGCUCCGCGAGGAGGAACAGCAGCUGCGCCGCCGGGAAGUCCAGGAACAGCUUCGCCGGGAACGCGACAGAAAGUUCCGUGAAGAUCGACCGCUCCUCCAGGAACCGGAAGAACAGCUACUACGUCGCCGAGAAGAGCAGCAGCUGCGGGACGAGCAAGAACUGAGGCGCCGGCAGGAACGGGAGAGGAAAUUCCGGGAAGAAGAGCAGCUCCGCCAGCUGGAAGAGGCGCAGAGGCGCGGCCGCGGCUGGGAGGAAAAAGAUAAGGGCCGUCAGCAGAUUCUGGAGUCUGGCAAGCGUCCGUUUGCCAGUGCCCCGGUGCGCUCCAGCCCUCUCUAUGAGUACAUCCAAGAGCAAAGGUCCCAAUACCGUCCUUAAGAAAUGCUGCCACAUCCGACACUUGCCAAAGCUUCAGCAAAGGAAAAUGGGAAACCCUGGGUACCAGAUGACACAAAUGUUUUUGGUUGUGGGAAAACUCUGUUAUGUUAGAAUGUCUUUUUUCCAAAGUCUUAAACUAUACUCAUUUCAUGUACUUCUACCUUUUAGUCUUCUUCAAGUAGUCCUUUACUGCAGGAUGUCUUUGCUCUUUGGUGCAGAUGUGGUGUGCAUUUUUAAAACAAGUCAUUUAAUUUGUUUUUAGGAGUUUUGUUUGGGGAACAUGUUAAUUUACUGCUUUCAGAAGUAACAAGGAUAAUCAGAUGUGAGAGUCAAAAGAAUUGGGUCUGUUUUUUAAAUGGUUGACCUAUCUUGUGGAGAAUUAAGAUAUUUUUAGUGUUCAAGUUGAUAUUUCUUCUUGGGCCUAAAUUACAUUUAUAUUUACCUCCAAAUAACUUCUCAUCUUUUCGGCAUAAUUAGCAUAGAUUGUGAAAGGGGACUGGAUUUUUACUGUAGGGAAACUGACUUCUACAGAAGCUGACUUCCACAGAAAAACUCCCUGUGAAAGUAGUCCAUAAUUGGAAGAAAUCUCUAUUAAGAAUAACAUUUAGCUUUAAAACUUAGAAUUUGAAUUGGAUUUUUUUUACACCUGACUCCAUAAACACUUAAAAUCUCAUAAAGCAAAAGUAAUGUGUUUCUCAACAACUCCAGAACUCAAAUUUUAAAACUGUGUUUGCUGCAGUCUAUAGUGCUCAGUUCUCUUCCCCCAAUCUUUGAUAAAUUUCAGAAUAUUACUACCUUCAUUAAUUUUACCUGAGAGGAAACCUGCUUAGGAUCCUGUAGACAUCUAUCUUGCUCUAGGGCCAAUAAGAGAUCACAGAGAGCAUUUUGGGGGAAGGGAAGGGAAAAAAUUUGUAAACAGGGGCAAGUUCCUACAGGUCCUUAAGAAGACCCAUCAGCCCACAAUCCUUUGAAGCCUACUAAUACCACCUUGGAGACAUUCUUGUUGAAAUAAUUGGACUGUAUUAAAAAUUAAGAAUAAAUGUUUAGCAAACAA